AUCUUCCAGAUUUACCAAGCCAAGGGGAGUUCGAAACUAAAUCAUCUAGAAUAUCCAAUCACACAAGUUCACCAUGUCGUCCCUCACUGCGCAAGAAUCUUCCAACACUCAACACCAGAACCCCAUCAAUCCCGGCGAUGACACAUGCGGCACCUUCAAAGGCGAUCCUAGCGUCCCAUUCAAGACUGGGGGUUCGACAGAUCCUGCUGGUUUGAGUACUUCCGUGGAUAAGUCUUCAUACGGCCAACAAAACGCCUCAGAUACCUCUGAACAGCGUCGUGGAGAAGACGUGACACAGAAUACAAAGCAAGAGUAUGAGGGUAGUAGCAACGUGGGUGUUAAGACGGGAAGUGAAAGUUUGCUUGAUAGUGUGGAGCGAAGUGUGAAGGGGGAUAGGUCCGGGGUGGAUGUUGGGCAGGUCACUGGAGGACGAAAAUGAAUAUGAGAUCUAGUUUCCGUAAACGAUUGAAGAUUAAGGGACAUUCUUAUUGAAGAACUAAUUUACAC